GGCUCUGCGGGAAACCUACAGUUCCUCUGUGGAGUUGGUCUUGCGUUCACGUAUGGAGAAGUAUCUCCGAAACAUCAACAUCUCUUAUCUGGAAGAUCUGCAGGUGAACAUAACGCCAGCAGCGGAGGUGGUGUUCCACUUCUUCGGAGGCAAGUCGGACGGGCGGAAGGUGCGCGAGGCGAUGAACCGGCUGGUGGAGCGCGGCCGCCUGGCCGACGUGCCGCUCGUACGCACCGCACUCGCCUUCCGGCAGGAGCCGACGCUGCUGCUGCAGCGUAACGUCAAGCACCUGCACAUCGGGCAAGUACGGAAGAGCAGAGUGGGCUGUGAGAUAACGCUGACGGACCCCUCUCUAGGACGACACCGAGACAGGAAGUCCUUGAGUCUCAAUUGCACGUACGAUCAGCCUUUGAUAAAGAGGUUAGAUAACGGUUAUUACACCAGCCAAGCCCCUUAUUAUUUGGAGUUUUAG